AUGGCACCCAUCACAUCCCUCGCAGCGUUUGCUGCCGCGGGCGCAGCUCUGUUCUCGACAGUCGCCGCUCAAUGCGCGAACCUCACUCCCGUCGCGCAACCCCAGCUGGCCGCGGGAUACAGCUCCAAGCUCAUCCUUAACGGGCUGUCAAGGCCCCGCAGUCUGCAGUUUGACACUCUGGGCAACCUGCUCAUCGCCGAGCAAGGAGGCACGGGUGUCAAGUACGUCAAGCUCACAGACAACGGCGGAGUAAACGUCUGCGUGGCUUCUCAGAAGACCCUCAUAUCCAACACGAAUCUCGCUCAUGGCUUGGCCCUGUCUGCCGACGGCAAGACCAUCUAUGCGGCAACGGCGUCCGAAGUGUUCGCGUACCCUUACGACGCUGCUGCCGGCACUGUUGGACAGGCGAGGUCCAUCAUCAACGGCAUGACGCAGACUGGCCACCAGAGCCGCACGUUGCUGAUCCCUAAAGAUAAGCCGAACGUCUUGCUAGUUUCCCGCGGCUCCGCUCCGAACCUUGACCUUCCAACCGCCGAGGCUUCAUCCGGCCGCAGUCAAAUUCGUGCCUUUGAUCUCACGAAAUUGACGGGCAGCGCUGUGGACUACACGACGGGAGAACUCUUUGGGUGGGGACUGCGAAACAGUGUUGGUGUUGGAGAGAACCCCCUGGACGGAGGCAUUUGGUCUGUCGAGAACUCUCUGGACAACAUGGACCGCAAAGGAGUGGACAUUCACAACGACAACCCUGGCGAGGAACUCAACUACCACGGCAGCUACAGAGCUGCGUCGAACCCACAGAAGGGUGCAAACUAUGGCUACCCCAACUGCUUCGCCGUCUGGGAGACCAGCACCGUCACGGGCGUACCCAACGUGAAGGUGGGAAGCCAGGUUAUCCAGGGAAACGCCACUGGCAGCGUCACAGACCAGUACUGCCAGACUGUUCCCACACCACCGCGGCUCACUUUCCAGGCUCACAUGGCGCCGCUGGAUAUCAAGUUCUCCCCCAAUGGAUCAUCCGCCUACAUUUCCUUCCACGGCAGCUGGAACCGCUCUCCCGGCGACGGCUACCGUCUCAGCAAAGUCGACUUUGGUGCCAACGGACAGCCGCUUGCUGCGUCUACCAGCAAGACGGCCGAGGUUAGAGUUGCGUGGAACGUCAACAACGCUGUUUGCCCCGGAAGCUGCUUCCGGCCUGUUGGCCUUGCGUUUGACAAGAAGGGCAGGUUGUUUAUGCUUAGCGACUCUACUGGCGAGCUUUUCGUUCUUACGGUGCCUGCUUAG